AUGUCGCAGUACAUUCCCCAGCUUUCCGCCGAAUCGCUUUCGGAUAAGAUCAUCCUCAUUACUGGUGGUGCUAAUGGAAUCGGCGCAAGUCUCGUAUUCCAAUGUUUGGAAAGUGGUGCCAAUGUUUGCUUUGGUGACCUUGACAACAUUGAAGGCGAGCGUUUGCUGAGGAAGGCCCUUGCUCAAUUUCCCACCAAGGAACCAGGCCAACCCCCGCGCGCCGUCUUCCAGUCGACCGAUGUCACCAACUACCAAUCAUUGUUAGGCCUAUUUGACUUGGCCUUUAACACCUACAAUCACAUUGAUCAUGUCGUCUCUGCUGCAGGCAUCGUAGAGAUCGGCAACUGGUUCGACUUUGGAUUAACCCUCCAGACAGUCCGCGAGACUCCCACCCACAAAGUGCUGGACGUCAACCUUAUUGGAUCUAUGUACGUGGCCCGCAUUGCCUCGGUUUACUUACGCCAUAACCGUGGCGCCGGCGCCGAUCGAUCUAUUCUCCUGUUUUCGUGCUCUUCCGGUUUCAAGCAGAGCCCCUCACUGUUCGUCUACCAGGCGUCUAAGCAUGGCGUGGUCGGCCUCAUGCGCUCACUUCGCAGCUACAUCUCAUCUCCAUACAAGCACAACAUUCGGAUCAACACCGUCUGCCCGUGGAUGACCGAAACCGAAAGCAUCAAAAAGAUCGAGCACCAGUGGAAGGAAGCUAGCCUCCCGACCAAUACCCCUCGUGACGUCUCCCAUGUGGCGGCAGGUAUGUUGGCGGAUUCAUCCCUCAAUGGUGAAUCCAUGUUCAUUGAAGGUGGACGCGCCUGGGAGAUUGAGCAGAAUAUUGAGCGACUCGAGGCUCAGUGGCUGGGCGCAGAGCCUUCCAAGGCUCUCGCUAUUGGACAAGAGCUGCUUGACGAUGGUUCCGUUUGGACAGCUGCUCCUCGCAAGCGGAGUAGCAUCUCCGUCGACGGUAUCCCUCCGGGUGUUCCUCUGGCCAAAAUUAACGGCAUCAAUGGCCAUAGGAAGAGCCUCUCGAAUGGGUUUACCAACGGACAUACCAACGGCAUUGCCAAUGGCGUGCAUUAA